CGGCUCGCUGAUAAGAUACGUUAUUUCUUAAUCUUAGCACGAGAGCUAAUACCCUUGUUAAUUUUACGAGUGUACUAUGCUAAAACUUUGUUAUAGAGCGCCCUUUCUUCUUGUUGCAGGAUUACUUUAACCAACUCGAAUUGCGGCUUGGGGAGUUGCAGGAGUCCCGCGUCCCGUUAGAGGUAUUAUGGUGCGUAAUAGCUUUCGCAACGCGAAGCCUCUAUUCUCUAUGUCUUUAGCCAGCGGGGUCGUGCGGCUUCUGCUGUAGCAGGGCCAGGUGGACUGUAACGAGCGGGAUACCGACGGGCGGACGGCACUCAUGUACGCCGUCAUUGGGGGCCACGAAGCAGUUGUGCGGGUGCUGUUGGGAUACGGUGCACGGGUUGGUGACGUGGAUCGCGACCGUCGGUCGGCGCUGCAUCUGGCCGUCCUGCACCGGCGCGAGAGCGUGUUGCGCUGCGCCUGCUCUUGGACCAGCGCAAGGCGGGCCCGGAUCUCGAUGCCUACGAUGUGGCCGGGUCGACGGCGCUGCAUAUGGCAGUGGACCGCGAUUUUGCGGUCGCAGUGGGUAAAGGGAUAGGGCGUCAAACAGACGCAGCAAUGGAUAGGCGUGGAAGCCACUGAUAUGGAAGUAGUAAAAACCUAACAACAUCUCUUGUCUCCGAAAAAAACUCUUCAUAUCAACACGCGACCUGGGCCACAUAACGCGUCACCAACACGCCCGUCACACCGCAAGUCCCCGUGCCCGCAGUCCUGAAGCACGGAUGGCGAACGAUGAUGCCGGACCCUUCCGUACAGAUUACACCACCCGUCCCGCUGGGGUUGUCAUUAUCCCAUGAACACGAGUUCCCGUUGGGUGGCAGAUCAAAGCCGAAGCCGCCCACCAGGACCUGGCUGGGCGGCGGCGAGCCAGGCACGUUGGUCUGCUCGAAGAGCGUGUUCGGGUCGCGGUCGCAGGGGUUGCUGCGGUACUGCAUGACGUACGAGGUCAGGUCCUGCCCAUUCACUAGCUGGUUGACCCAGUACAGCGUGAUGCCGAGCGAGGGCGUGCCGG